UGUUUAAUAAUCAUCCUAGUGUUAUAGAGCUUUGAAUUGCAUUUCCUAGCUUUUGAAGAUGAGGACUCACAAUCUUCGUCCAUUGUUAGGCAUUGCGCUGCUGGGAUUCUGCAUUUUAGGUAUUUGUGAAGGAGGUAGCCUGAGAAAAAAUUUCUACAGAAGCAGCUGUCCGCGUGCGGAGGAGAUCGUUAAGACUGUCGUUUGGAAACGAGUCGCUAGCGAUUCUGGGCUGCCUGCUGCGCUUGUUAGGUUGCAUUUCCACGAUUGCUUUGUUAGGGGUUGCGAUGCAUCGGUGUUACUGAACUCAACCCAAAAUAACCAAGCUGAGAAGGAUGCAGCUCCCAACUUAACUUUGGAUGGUCUCGAUGUCAUCGAUGAGGUUAAGACUGAAGUGGAGAAAACUUGCCCAGGAGUUGUUUCCUGUGCCGAUAUCAUUGCUCUGGCUGCCAGAGACUCGGUUGCUUUCCAAUUCAAGAAGUCAAUGUGGGAGGUGCUUACGGGUAGAAGAGACGGCACCGUGUCACGGGCCUCCGAUGCACUCGCUAACAUCCCUGCUCCCACUUUUAACUUUACAACUUUGAAGAGCAACUUCGCUAGCAAAGGACUCACUGUUCACGAUCUUGUGGUAUUAUCUGGCGCACAUACAAUCGGACAGGGACAUUGCAACGCCUUCAGCAACAGGCUGUACAACUUCACAGGAAAGGGAGAUGCAGAUCCCUCUCUCGACCCAGAAUACGCAGCUUUCUUGAGAACUCAAUGCAAGAGCCUUUCAGACAACACAACUCAAGUGUUCAUGGACCCCAACAGUGGAGUCUCAUUCGAUAGCCAUUACUAUGCCGUUGUAAAGCAAAACAAGGGUCUCUUCCAAUCUGAUGCUGCUCUUCUCACCAACAAGAUCUCAAGCAAAAUUGUCACCGAAUUGCUCAACCAAAAUAAAUUCUUCACAGAGUUCGCACAGUCGAUGGAGAGGAUGGGAGCCAUUGAAGUUCUUACUGGAAGUUCUGGAGAGAUUAGAAAGAACUGUGCGGUUGUCAACUCUUAAUUAAGUUCUGUAACUCCAAGCUUGUGGUGGCAUAAAUGUUUCCCAUCGAUCGUCUUUGUGAUUUUUAUUUCUUUAUUACUUUUUCCUUCUCAAGAAUAACUGACUCGGAUGAGAAGCCAAUAUUCCCUCUUCCCAAACAUCUCAGAUUUUCCCUAUAAUUAAUUAAUUAAAUUUCAAUAAUAGAUACAGGUGGGUCUUUCCGA